CUGAAGUCUUUCAUAUUGUUGUAAGUUUAAAUCUGUAUUUUAGUUCCCUUUUAGUUUCUCUCCAUCAUUAUUGUGGUAUUUAUGUGCUGCACAUAAAUCAGAUGUCAGUCAAACAUUAUGGGCAGUACCUCGACAUCUUCAACAUGUUGUCUUGAUGUUUUUACGUUUUAUAGGUGGAGCUCUUUCCUGUGUCUGUUCAGCCAUGGAGACUAUCAAUGCUUAUGGAUAUUUUUAUUUGAAAAAUUUCUCCACAUGACAACAUAAACUUCUCUAUCUUCUAAAUGUUUACUGAAUAUUUUUCUUAGGUAUUUGUAUGUUGUUGUUUCUCUUCACUGAUCUUAACAGAGAAGUCUACAGACCUUCCUUUAUCACACAGAUUUUAUUCUCAUUUGUACAUUUAUAAAGAAAACAAUUAAUUACAGAGCAAUAAGAAAUUUUAAGAAAGUGCACUAUAUCAUAAUUUAUAGUAAAGUGUAUUAAAGCAUCGUUAGUUAGUCACUUAUUUAGUUUGGAGCUGUAUCAUCUGACACUGUAGAAACAUUUCCUCCAGCUUCAGCACAGAAUGUUAAAAACAGAACUAUUAAUGAGAACAAACAGUAGGAACACAGUAUCAGCAAACAUCAUGGCUUAAAAUGGAGAGUAAAAAUCUAAAAAGAAAUAAACAAAUUAGUAAAAAGGAUUUCCUGUUGACAUGUUAUUGGUCCUAUCUUGUCUGCAGCACCUCCAGGAUGCUUCUUAUAUGUUUCUGGUUAUUUUUGCACCAAUUUUAGUUUUUGUCAGUAGGAAGUUCAAGUUCAACUCAGUGUGUUUGUUUGUUUUUUUCAAACUGAUGCCUGACCUUGAACACCAAACAUCUGUCAAUAAAGCAAUGAUAUAAAAUGCUUAUAUUAGUACUGAAAAACUGCAUAUCCACUUUACAAAUAUAAAUAAUGAUAUAAAUCCACAGCUGAACUGGAGGAGCAGCUGAUCUAGUUCACUCAUGUGUUUCUGGACUAAGAGUUGGAGCAAAUACCUUAUGAUUCAGUGAUGUUUGUUUUUGUUAAAUAUUUUGUAGAUCCAAGAGUGAGUUUGACUCAUGAUGAUGAUGUUCCGAAUUAAACAAAGUUGGUCACAAAUUCUUCAAAGCUGUUUAUUAAGAAUAUAUUCACUUGGACUCAUGAGACAGGCUUGUGAUCCAAGGGAGCCAUCAACUGGACAAUUACUGACAUGACAACAAAAAAGCUAAGUACAGAGGGGGGAACAGAGGUGAAAAUACUUGCUUUAAAGGAUUGUAAUGUUUCCUUUUAAAAUAAGUCUCUAAGGUCAGACAAAGGGACAGAAACUCAUAGCUUUCUACCAGCCCAAUGACAAAACUAUAAGUUGUUUUUUAACAUCUACUUUUUCAUCUAUUUGGCAGUCACAGUGAAAAGUAUAAACAUUGGCACGCUUUGUCUUGUGAUUCUGCUGUUCGUAAAAAAUGACCAUGCGCAAAGUACCAGACUUUAAGGCUUUGACUUGAUGCCAAUGGCCUGAGGAGGACAGUAUUACCCUUGGACAUGUGUAGUCUGCCGUCUACUCAAUAGAAGAAGAAGAAGCGCGGAAAUGGCACAACUGUCUUCAGUUUCUGGGAGAGUUUAACAAUGAGAGACUGAUGAUGCAGAAGAAAUCUCCGUGGUUAAAAACAUUAAAAACAGUCGUCCAGGAUGAUGAGAUCCGCCACUGGCUCAGACUGCUGUAUAUCAGCCGGAGACCCGAGAUGAAGUCACGCAGCAGUCCCACAUCAACAUGAAGUGUAAGGAGGAGGAAGAUCUGGCUGGCCAGCAGGUCUGGAAGCAGGAGAGGAACUUCAAUCUGGACCAGGAGGACACAGAUCCCCCACAGAUCAAAGAGGAACAGGAGGAACUCUGCAUCAGUCAAGAGGGAGAACAGCUUGUAGUGAAACACGAGGAUGAAGGCAUCGUCGUCUGGAGCGGGGAAGAGCGGCUCAGACAGCUGCGUAACAUCUGGAAACCUGAGAAAGAUUUACAGACCAGCGACCUCCACCAGCAAACUGCCUGUAAGGAGGAGGAGUUUGUCGCCAAUCAGCAGGAGAGGAACUCAAGUCUGGACCAGGAGGACCCAGAUCCUCCACAGAUUAAAGAGGAACAGGAGGAACUCUGCACCAGUCAGGAGCUGGAGGAGAUUGUACUGAAGCAGGAGAUCAAUAGUUUUAUGGUGACUUCUAGUUUUGAGGAAAGUGACCUCAGUGAAUCAGAACCAAACGAUGACCAGCUCCUUGCUCUUAACUUUCCUGAACCAGAGCUUGAGGAACAGGAAGAAAACCAGCAUGUGGACUCGGGAUCAACUAGAAAUGCGGAGCUGAAGAAAAGGAGACGUCACAAAAACCGAACAGAUAAGUCUCGGAGUGAAACUGAUACAAGUAAAAAAUCUGUAAGCUGUGACACUUGUGGAAAAACUUUUCAGUGUAAAUCCAACCUGACGAGACACAUGAGAGUUCACACAAGUGAGAAGCCACAUUCUUGUAGCACCUGUGGGAAAAGAUUCAUUUGGAAAUCAGGAUUGGAAACUCACGUAAGGAUCCACACAGGCGAGAAGCCGUAUUUUUGCAUCACCUGUGGGAAAAGAUUUAAUAAGAAAUCCGGAUUUGAAAGUCACGUGAGAAUCCACACAGGCGAGAAGCCGUAUUUCUGUAGCACCUGUGGGAAAAGAUUUGGUAAGAAAUCAGGACUAGAAACUCAUUUGAGAAUCCACACCGGUGAGAAAGCGUAUUCUUGCAACGUCUGUAGGAAAGAGUUUAGAGACUUGUCGACUAUGAAAAGUCACAGAAGGAUCCACACAGGUGAGAAACCAUAUAUUUGUAGCUCCUGUGGGGAAAGAUUCAGUUGGAAAUCAGGACUGAAUUUUCAUCUAAGGAUCCACCUGAGUGACAAACCAAAUCACUGCAGCACCCGAGGUAGAAAAUGACCUCAUGCUCCAAGUCACGGUACAUUUCCUGUCCACAGCAGUGAAGGGCACUCUAUGUUGUUUGUUCCAGCCCUGACUUUAUGUUUCUCUAAGUUUGAUAUUUUUUUAUUGGUCUUUAAAGGUGACACAAAUAUUUAUUGAACAUGGAUGCUCUUUUAAUAUUUACCACAGAAACUUGUAUUUCUUCUUCAGUAUAGAAGAAAACAAACAUGAAAAUGAGUUUUUCAUCACUUGUUCCUUGUAACAACCAUGAUGUGAUUCCUUUUUAUCAGCCAAUAAAUAAGUUUUAAUACACAGGACUAAAGAUUUAAAAAAAGUUCAAGACAAGUAUACAAUUUUUAUUUAAAUAUGUUUUCUUUGUGAUUUAUGUUAAUGAAGGUUAUACUUCAGUAUGGCUUUGACCUGGUUGUCCUGGUUCUUCUUAGCAACAUGUUGCAAGAUUUGAUUAAAUUUUUUGUGACUAAUUUUGUGUAUUGUGUAAUCCCUGCUAAAUAAAAGCAGUUAAAUGUGCUAUAUUGGCUCAUGAUAAGUGUUUAUAUCAUUUUGCCUAAAUGCAAGUAAACUCAAUGUUUGCCAA